UCUUCGUCUGCAAGAUUCUUUCCCUCUAUCCCAUCAAAACACACAAACUUAAAGGUCACACACACCACACCAUUUGAUUCUCAUCAAACGAAGAUAGAGGGGAAAUCCAAAAGGGAGGAAUGGGUCAGAUCGGUGCUUGAUCUCUGCCUUCACCACUGCCUGUCUUCCUCUCCACUAUUGCUUGAUCUCUUCCCCACUGCCAACGACAUGCGGAGGAAAUGGGUCAGCUCGGUUUUUUUUUUUUUUUUGGUUCUGAUUUCAUUAUUGGGUUCCUUUGUAAAAUUGUGUAAAAUCGGUUUGAUUUUAUUGAUUUUGUGUUUGGAUUAUCAAAUGUUGAAAUGGGUUGUGGUGGUAGACCAGUGAUUGUUGGGUGGUGCUGUGUUUGUAUUUGGUUGAUACUUUCUUGACCGGUGUUGGUCUGUAACAGAGGAGCAAAAAUAUGAGGGAGAAGAGAAAAGGGUAAUUUGGUAAUUGAAGGAAGAGCCCAACGGAUAGUUCAAAACGCGCAUGAACUUUUUGUUUUAUGGACCUCUCGAGCUCCAUAUUGUUUUGCGCGUUUUCAGUCUUGGCACAAAACGCAGCUUUUUCCAAAAAGUUGCGUUUUUAGCUGAACCAAACGCAUUUUGGACUCCAGCUUUCUUCAAAACGUGCGUUUCAGCUCCUAAAAGCUGAAACAAACGGGCACUUACUUGAGUUCCAUCAAUCUUUUCUACCAUUGUUAUAUCCAAAAAUUGGUCUGAAAAACCUUGUAUGUUGGAAGCAUAUUCGUGAGCUAAUCAUUUGAAAGAAAGUGUUUGGUUGUUUGUAUCUUUAAGUGUCUCAACCCCAUAGAUAGCCCAAUUUGUGAAGAUCAAAUAAGAAUGUCACAUUCUGCUCAUUCCAUUCCAUUAAUCUUCCCACCAGACAAUUCUGGGUCUGGUGGAUCAGCAUCUAGUGAGACUCUUCCACAGUCCUCUCAUUCUAUAUCAUCAAUCUUCCAACCAUACAAGUCUACUGAGAGUUCAGAAUCCAAUGAAAGACUCCCACAAUGCUUUCAUUCCAUACCUUUAAUCUUCCCGCCAACCGAGUCAACAAACAGUUCCUCUGGUUCUCAUUCAAAGCAGUCAGACUCUUCUACCAAUGAAUCAACACACCAGUCUACUUCAACCCAAUUGCCUGAACUGCAAGACCUUCAUUUCAAUGAAGUCAAACAUAAUUUUAAACGUGGUAAUGCUCGAUCUCCUUUGUCAAUUCAAGCUGAAGAUAGUUAUCAUUUUCAAGCUGGACUCAAAAAGCUUACAGAGGAGGCUCGCCAGAGCUGGACCUAUGCCAUUAUGUGGGGUUUAUCUUACGACCAUUCUGGCUCUUCAAUGUUGCGGUGGGCUGAUGGGUACUACAAAGGCGAAAAUGAGCUCAAUUCAGUGAUCACAAGAUCUAAUGUUGAUGACAAAGAUGUCAGCAAUACUGAGUGGUUCUUUUUGAAGUCGAAGAUGCAGUGCUUCUUGAACGGCAGUGGCCACCCAGGCCAAGCUUUUGUCACUUCAAGAUUGGUCUGGGUGGCCGGGUUGGAGCGUCUAGGGAGCUCCUCGUGCAACCGGGCACGAAUGGGGCAGGUCUCCGGGUUACAAACAAUGGUAUGGAUACCCUCAGCAAACGGCAUUGUGGAAUUGGGCUCUACAGAGCUGAUUUUCCAGAGCACGGAUUUGAUCAACAAGGAGAUCAUGAUGGGAAGACCUAGACAACUGAGGGCUGGAUUGCAUGAUGUACCUAUUCAAGAUGAUAGUUUUGAAGAGAUUCGUCAAAUGCUUGCUACUCUGAAAACAAUGACAGAGAAGCAUCAAGCUUGUCUGUCUGAGCAACAGGUACAGAACACUGAGCAACGACAAAAUCAGAGUGGAGCCUCCCCCGCCCUUCCUCUUAUUCCUAAAGAUCAAAUCCCAGUUUUGUUAAAGCAAUUCCGUGAGCUUAUUCCACCUGUGUUUAGGCGAACGACUAACCCAUUCAAGGCUGAGGAAUGGAUAAAGAAGAUGGAAAAUAUUUUCAUUACCAUUGGGUGCAUAGGUGAUCAACGUGUGACUUUUGCUACAUUCAUGUUAGAGGGAGAAGAGGCUAACCGUUGGUGGGCAUAUGAGCAAAGAUUGUUGCAUGAGGCUGGGACACAAGUAACAUGGGAGGCAUUCUCAAAGGCAUUUUAUGAGCAUUACUUUCCUGAUAGUAUUCGAGAUCAAUUAGAGUCAAAAUUUCUUAAACUCAUACAAGGGAGCAAGACAGUUACAGAAUAUGAGAUGAAAUUCUUAGAGCUAGUACAUUAUGCCCCUCAUGUUGCAGAAGAUGAGGCGAGUAAAUGUCGUAGGCUUUUCGAGGGGUUGAGGAAAGACAUUAGGUCACAAAUUAUUCCCUCAAUGCUAAGGGAUUUCAAUAUGCUAAUUGAACAAGCUAAGGUGGUAGAGAAAAAUUAUGAUCAAACUCAUAAGGUUCACGAGUCGAAAAGGAUGAGAUUUGCGCAAAGAGGAGGCCAAAAUGGUAGACAACAUAGUAGUGAUGGAUCUACUGAGGGGGUUAGAGACACUUGUCACUUCUGUAAGAGGAGCCACCCAGCACAUAAAUGUCCCUUGAUUACAAGAGCUUGUUUUCAGUGUGGUCAAACUAACCAUUUUGCUCGCACCAAAUCUUCCAGGGAUAGGCUUAAAGGUAAAAGGACCAAGAAAUAGAGCGUAAGAUAUUGUUUUUAUAUUUCCUUCAGCUGGCAUUCUUGGAGUCUCAAUGUAUUAGGAGGGCGUUUGGAUACUGCUGAAACCCAAGUCUGCGUUUUGCGUUUUACUUUUUUUUUUUUUUUUUUUUUUUUCCUGCACCGUUUCUGAUUUUGGGGGACAAUAACACUGUUCACCACUGUUUGACACUGUUCACACACUGUUUGACACUGUUCACGGGUUAAAAAAUAUUAAAAAAUGGGUCCCACAA